CUCUGCUGGGGAUCGAACCCAGAAUCUCUGGUUUCGUAGACCAGCGCCUUAUCCAUUGGGCCACAGAGUCACUUGUGUUGUUAUUAGUAAUCACGUUUUAAUAUAAUUCCUUCUCUGGUUUCUAGACCAAUUACAAACACAUACUUUUAGAAACAAAACAAUAAAUUUUUAAUUUUAUUUAUAGCUGCCAUUCAAACGAUUAUUUAAUCUUGUAGAUUUUGAAAUUAUAGAAUACAUUUCUAUGUGUCAACAUGUUACUGUUAUAAAUAGAUGCUGCACGCACCAACGUUUAAAUCCACAUUCAACAUUAAAAAAUCCUCUCAUAUUCUCUAUCUAUGUCUAAGGUCGUACAUUUAACUAGAGGUUACGGGUCCAGUAGCAGUAAUAGCAUCACUGCAUCGGGACCUACAAAACAAGAAGAGGUCGAUGAAUCUUUAGUAUCUCUGAUGUCAAACUCCAACAACCAUCAGAAAAUUAACGGCACUAUACCUAAUAAAUAUUCCGAGUGAAACCAGACGAACCCCUAAAUGCAAUCCUUCAGCUGCAACUCAAGCCAGUGUUUUAUAGUCCGGCUUCAUGCCUCUUCUAUUGGAAAGAGAAGCGGAGAAGAAGGGGAAGCGUCCAUAGAAAGAGAGAGAGGAAUGAAAGACUUAAAUAGAAACUCUCUUCCUCUUCAUCCUCUCAUUUUGCUUUCCUACAAACUUAAAACAAUAAUGAAAAAUAACUCGGCAGGUUUCAGAGACGAAGAGACAAACCCAAAAAUUUAAGACAACAAACAACAAAAAAAAAAAAAAAAAAAAUCCAUAUUAAGACAACAACAACGUCCCUGAAUCUUGAUAAUCUUGAAUGAACGCAAGAGAGGUACAAAAAGAUGUGGCUAGCGAAGAACAAUAGCGUGGGAAUCAAGGAAGGAGGAUCGACUGGAGUUGUGGCUGUUGCUAUAGACAAAGAAAAAAGUAGCCAACACGCUCUUAAAUGGGCCGUUGAUCAUUUGUUGCAGCGAGGCCAAUCUGUUAUCCUCGUCCAUGUCAAGCUUCGACCUUCUCCUUUAAACAACAACUCUUCUCUUCAUGCUUCCUCCUCAAAGCUGACUCAAGAGCCUUCAUUAGUAUGCAGAGAUCCAGAAGGCGCUUCCAAGGACAUAUUCCUUCCUUUCCGCUGCUUCUGCACCCGCAAAGAUAUACAAUGCCAAGAUGUGUUGAUUGAGGAGUACGAUGUAGCCAAAGCGUUAGUCGAAUACGCAAACCAAGCGGCCAUUGAGGUUUUGGUGGUUGGUUCCUCCAACAAAGGUGGCUUCCUCCGGUUCAACAAACCAACAGAUAUUCCUGUUGCCAUAACCAAAACCGCGCCUGAUUUCUGCACGGUUUAUGUCAUAUCCAAAGGAAAGAUUUCAACAAUGAGAUCAGCUUCUCGCUCUGCUCCAACCAAUGCUCCUCUACGCAGUCCUAUUCAACCGCCUAGCUUAAGGCCACCUCAACCUGUGCCAUCUACUUCCAAUAACAUGCGAGCUGAUAGACAGUCUUUUGAGUCACAACGCCGGUCCAUGGAGGAUCGCAGGUCCGUGGAGGAUCGCAGGUCUGUGGAGGAUCGCAGGUCCGUGGAGGACCAAUCUGACUCAUUCAGAUCUCCUUUUACUAGAAGAGGUUAUGGAAGAUCAUAUGGGGACCUAUCUGUUCCAGAAUCAGACAUAUCCUUUGUCAGUUCUGGUAGACCAAGCAUUGACCGUAUGUUCCCUAAUAUAAAUGACAUGAAUGAUCCAAACCGAACUCCUCCUAGGCUGUCUAAUUUCUCUGAUAUGGACUAUGGUUCUAACUUUGAGUCCUCCUCCAACUAUGGAAGGAGAUCAGUGGAUGUAAACUCACCUACUGAUCUCUCAUCUGGUUCUUUUGAGAAUGAAAGGUUUUCAUCCGCGUCAGCAAUGGAUGAUGUAGAGAAUGAGAUGAGGAGGCUUAAACUGGAGCUGAAGCAGACAAUGGAAAUGUACAGCACAGCUUGCAAAGAAGCACUUACAGCAAAACAGAAGGCCACCGAGCUUCAGCGUUGGAAGUUAGAAGAAGAGAGGAAACUAGAAGAGGCAAGACUUGCAGAGGAAGCAGCAUUGGCCAUUGCAGAGAAAGAGAAAGCGAGGUCAAAAGCAGCUAUGGAGGCAGCCGAAGCAGCUCAGAGGAUAGCUGAAUUAGAGUCUAAGAAGAGAGUCAACGCGGAGAUGAAAGCUCUCAAGGAGUCUGAGGAGAAAACGAAGGCACUUACCGCUUUAGCAAACAAUGAUGUAAGGUAUAGGAAGUACUCCAUUGAAGAGAUUGAAAGUGCAACGGAGUUUUUUGCUGAGAAGUACAAGAUUGGAGAAGGUGGCUAUGGACCUGUCUACAAAUGUUAUCUUGAUCACACACCAGUUGCUGUUAAAGUUCUUCGUGCUGAUGCAGCUCAAGGAAGAUCUCAGUUUCAACAAGAGGUUGAGGUAUUGAGCUCCAUAAGGCAUCCUAACAUGGUUCUCCUUCUUGGAGCUUGUCCUGAAUGUGGAUGUUUAGUCUACGAGUUCAUGGCCAACGGGAGCUUAGAAGACCGCCUUUUCAGACUAGGCAACAGCCCUCCUCUCUCGUGGCAGAUGAGGUUCAGGAUCGCUGCAGAGAUCGGCACUGGACUCCUGUUCUUACACCAGGCUAAACCAGAGCCUUUGGUGCACCGUGAUCUCAAACCGGGGAACAUCUUGCUAGACCGUAACUUCGUCAGCAAAAUCUCUGACGUUGGUUUAGCAAGAUUAGUCCCACCCACGGUUGCAGACACGGUGACACAGUACCGCAUGACUUCAACCGCUGGCACGUUCUGUUACAUCGACCCGGAGUAUCAGCAGACAGGAAUGUUGGGUGUGAAGUCUGAUAUCUACUCGCUCGGCAUUAUGUUUCUGCAGUUGAUAACAGCAAAACCACCAAUGGGUUUAACUCAUUAUGUCGAGAGAGCACUCGAGAAAGGGACUUUGUCGGAUUUACUCGAUCCUGCUGUUACUGACUGGCCAGUUGAGGACACAGCAGAGUUUGCUAAGUUAGCACUGCAAUGCGCAGAGUUAAGGAGGAAAGACAGACCUGAUCUUGCUAAAGUUAUACUGCCGGAGCUCAACAGAUUAAGAACACUCGCUGAUGAAUCUCAGCUAGUCUCUCAAUAGCCCCGGACAAUCUCCGAGCCUCUACACAUAAGAAGUGGCAACCUUACAGGACUAUUGUAUAGCAUCUCAGAUCAAACUUGGAGGUUACAGUUUUCAAUUAAUGUAGAUGAAAAUCUUUUUAAAUAUGUUAAUGUGAAAAUGAGAAACUCAGGAACUUGCAUGCUCGUAGUAUAAAGAGAUGCAAGUAGAGUGUCUUUCACUUGUAGAUAAAGUGUUUCAAAAUUGUACAGAUCAUUCUUGUAAUCUAACUUAACCAUAUAUUAAAAGUUAUCACCAUACCACAGACAA